AAAAAAACUUACUCAAAUAAAAUGGGUAAUUGAUAAAAUAAUUUAGAUUAGUUGGAAAAAUAAAGAACAUAAAAUAUAAAAAAGAAAGAAUAAGACAUUAUUACCGAUAUUUUGGUAAUUAGCUCAAAUUGAAAUAUUUAACCGAAGGAUUAGCCGUAUAGCCAAUGUAAGUGACGUGUUGAAUAAUAAAAAUCAUUAAAGAAACACAUUAAAUGAAAGUAACUGAAACUAUUAGAGUCAGACACAGAAUCUGUUUGGACUUCAGUGGCGGUGUUUUAAGUACUUUGCUUCCGUCCGAAUCUAUACUUCCAUCUUCCUUCGUCAUCCGCCUCUUGGUUUGGCGCCACCUCUCUCUGUCAGUCUCUCUGCUAUCUUUGUCUCCGCGCAACUUUCGCACCGAUCCGCCUGAAUCUUUCUUGUGUGCUUAGUCCCAAGAUUUGCAUUAGUACUCUUGAAUGCAAUAUAGAACCAUUACUUUGAGGUUUCAAGUGAUUACAUCACUAUAAUGAGGCAACAAAGAGCCUCUAAAGAGUUGGUGAAGCGCGAUAUGUUGGAUCCUCCAAGGUAUCUCCAAAGAGCUGAAGAUCGCCGCGUAAAGGCGCUGAGUUUUGGAGUUUUGGAUUGGCAACAGUUAGAGAAACGGAAGGAUAGUGCAUCAGAGGGAACCAAAGAUGCUUCAUCAUACACAGGUUCGUUGGAACUAGAUUUAGCAACCGGGGUUGUUAAAAGACUGGAUCUAAAUGGAAGACAAGAUGAUGUCCUAGGCCAAUGUUCAAGUCCGGUUAAUGUAAUGGAAAUGAACCAAAAGUCUUCAGAGAAAGCAAGCUUGUCUGUGACAUCUAAAAGAGAAAGACAUGCUUCUCCUCCCAACCGCCGGUUUAGUUUCAGUCAAAUGAGAAGAAGUUUCAGUAGUAAAGAAAGCUCAUCAUCUGGUCCUGUGUUCUCAAGCGCAUCUCAUGCUUCAGCCAAAUCAGGUCCGUUGACAUUCAACAACUCGGCCAUAACAAAACCAAAUGGUCACAGCAGAACAAGAUCAGGUCCUGUAAUGAAACACAAGAAUGUCACGUUACAAGAUCCUUCGAAACCUUCCAACACAAGAUCACACGCUCUUUUGCAGUUCACUUUGAGAAAAGGUAUCAGUUUAUAUCAGUUUGUGGUUGACAACAACGUUCUUGCUGCCACCAUGAAGAGUUUAGAUUCUUCUAGAAAGUCAUACACAUUGUACUCAGUCAAAGAGGUAAAGAACAAGAGUGGGAACUGGUUAGGCCGCAACAGGAAUGAUCAUCCGUUUGUACAUACAAUCAUCGGUCAAAUGAAGACUAAUGCGGAUUCAGCAACCCACAGAACAGAAUCUGUUUUGUUAAGUGUUGAGACAAACGAAGAGCUUGCAGCAGCUAUUGUUCAGACAAGAAACAGGAGUCAGAAGCAGAACACAACAACUACUGUUAUACUCCCUAGUGGAACUCACACGCUUCCUAAAGACAGUAACGCCCCUCUGAAGUUGAUUGACCGGUGGGAAUCUGGUGGAUCAUGCGACUGUGGUGGUUGGGACAUUGGUUGCAAACUCCGUGUCCUCUCUAAUGAUCAUCAUACAAAGUGUAAACCUUUCUCAAGCUUUCAACUGUUUGGUGAUCAGGAAAGAGGCGAGCCAGUAUUCAAAAUGGUGAGACACGACGAUGAACUCCACUCAGUUGAGUUCGGAUCAUCGGUUUCUCUCUUGGAAGCUUUCUUUAUUGCAUUGGCAGUAAGCAGUCACCAGAACUGGUGUGAAGAGGAAGAAGAGGAAGCAGUGUUGAAGAGAGUAACAUCAACCAAGUACGCAUCAAACCCACCUGUUUCUCCAAUAGGUCGGGUCUAGUGACAAUCAUUUGGCUUAGCUGGCUGAGCUAGAGACUAUGUUGGGUUGUGCUUUAAUACAACUGUAAUUAAGAAAUAUAUUUGGCAGAAUUGUUUAGAAUUUGCGCAAUGUAUAAAAUAUAGUGAAAAUACAUUUUUAUAUUUUCAACAUCUUCAGAUCUUUUAACAAAAAAAAAAGUCAUCAUAGUCUAACAAAAUUAUCUUUUCAACAUGGAAUUACAAAAAGAUGUUUAUAUUACAUGGAAAAUAAUGGGAAAAAAGAAUUUAAUUAGAACAAAAUAGUAAUCAUAAGACACCAUAGUUUUAGACAGCCUAGGAGAGCAAGAUACGCUAUUAGAAAAAGUAUUGAGGAUAGAGAGACAACUCAACUAAGCAUGUGGGUGAGGAUAGAAAUCUUAUUUGACAAACAUGCUUCGCUGGUCGCUGCUUUACCCUACUUACCCACAUGCUCUUCCGAAUCAUAUCCCACAACCUGUGGUAUUAAUCCUUAAUUAAUAUUGUAACCUUGUAUUAAGUAUUUUCAUAUGUUAAUUAAGAUUCAAAUUGGCCACUACUAGCUCUAAUCACAAGACAUCACCUUUGAAUUUUAAAAUAAAGCGUCAAUAACGGUUGGUGUUGGUGUGGUUCUUCAUCUCAUGACCAUUGACUACUUUUUAGUUUUAUUGAUAAAAUCUCUUUUCGAGACUUAUCCGACUUCUGAAAAUAUUAAUAUUUGAGCGAUAGAAGUUUCCUAUCAAGAAUUAUCAUAAAUUCAUAAUUGAUAUAGUAAUAUUAGUGAUGGAAUCAUCCAUCAUCUAUAGCUAGAUGUUAUUUCCCGUUCUUUAAAAAGUGUUUUUGAGUAAUAAUUUUAUUUUUUUGAAAAAUAGCCUCAUGAGUUGAUCAAAAAAAGAAAGAAAAAUAGCCUCAUGCAUGCGUGAAAAAAAAAACACAUGAAUCAUUCAUUAUUAUGAUAAGAAAAUAGGGUAAAGACACACGAAUCAUACAUACAGUAUGA